AUGAAAAUUUACAACAAAUCUGGGCCGGGAAUAUUUGAACGCUUAGGAGAGGUGGGGCCCACAAUGGGUACUUAGUUUUGCCCCACACACACACACAAAAAAAGUCACUGGGUACUCUGUAGAGGCUCUGUUUUCGUUCACCAGGCGAGCGCGAGCAUGGGAGGCAAUCGGGUUGGCGACCAACCAUCCAAGCCGACCUCAUCAAAGCACAUUCUGCAGGAAAGCGGCCCGGUAGGAUGGACCUCUCGCAGUCGCGGAGCGCCGGCAGCGGGUGACAUUCUCCGAUCAGUUCACCGGCGAGCCCCGAAAAAGCCCGGGCAGCAGUUAGAUAGACCGGCUCAUCCACCCGGCCACCGUUUCCGAGCUUUUCCCAACAGUUUCCCGUAUAAACCCUGCCGCCUCCAUCGUCUUCCCCUCGUCGAAUCAAUCCAAUCCACCCCAGUCCAAUCCAUUCCAUUCCAUUCCACCUAGAACUACCGACGAUGGCUCGGAGCGGGCUCGGGGUGGUCGCCGUCCUCGUCCUCGCCGCGACGGCGACCCUGUGCUCGGCGCAGAUGACGAUGACGAUGCCCACCUGCGCGCCGGUGCCGCUCAGCCUGUCCCCGUGCAUCGGCUACCUCUUCGGCGCCGGCUCGGCGGCGCUGCCGUCGUGCUGCUCGCAGCUCCAGGCCUUCUUCCAGUCCCAGGGGCCCUGCCUGUGCGCCAUGUCCAAGCUCGCGCCCAGCCCCUUCGGCCUCGUCCUCGGCCAGGUCCAGGGCAUGAUCCCCAACGUGUGCAACCUGCCCACCGACCCGUGCGAUGAUGUCUUUGGGGCGAGCAAUUCGACGGACGACUCCACCCCGCAGCCAACCGCAAAGGCCGCGUCUCCGGAAGCGGCACCUCCGGCAGCCACUCCCGCCGAGCCUGAGCCAGAGCAUGCAGCCACAACGUCGACGACGCCGGAGAGUGCCGGUGCGACUGAAGCUCCCCCGGCAGCAGGUGACGAUUCUCCGGCUGUUGCCACGAAGACAGGACAGGUUGCCCCCCAAGGCGCUGGAUCAAGCACCGAUUCACAGGGGAUAUCAAAGCUCCCAGAACUGCUGCACGCAGCAGGCGCGCCGAGCUCCGCCGCUGCCACCGUGCUCAUCAGUGUGGUUCUUGCCUAUGUUUCGGCCAUGUUUGUGUAAACCCCCAUAGCCAUUACCGUGACACCAGCAAAUGUAUCGAUGUACCCUACGGCGCGGUGUAGAUUCAGGCCGCGCCCGUGUUACACCAUGUUGCAGUGAGAAUGUUACAGUUCAUGUGUUCGAAGCAAAGCAAAAUGUUCUAGGGUUUCA